UUCAGAUUUGCAAGCUUGUGAAAUUGAUGGUGGUCUUGAUGAAGUUAAAAAUUGGUUGUGAUGUGUGUUUGAAAGAAGGUGUGCUGCAAAUGGAUUUGGAGGAACAUAAAAGGUUGGGUUGCUGAUGUAAACUGAAGAUACAGAUGAGAUAGAGGAGGAAUUAUAGGUGGUGAUUACUGUGAACAAAAUCAGUGGAUACAUUCUGGUUGGUGUGCACUAACUUUUGAUUUCACUGUGAUAGAUACAUUUUGUAAUUGUGUCAUUUUGAAAAGCACCAGAGCAUCAAAACACUUAUUCCUGUCAUUUUCCACCGGUAAAUCUCAUGUGUGUCAGUAUAAUUGCUAACGUCUCUUUCUGGCGUUUCUCGUCUCAACAUUUUUUUGUUGUUGUUGCGGGAUUAACUUCUUGAAAUAGGUUGGGGAUAUUGUUGAUGGGUGUAUUUAUUAUUACUACGGUAAGGAUGGCAAGUCCAGAGUGUAAUGGGUGGCCAUAUAAAGUUUGCAACUGAAGAAGAUGCUAAGAAGGCAGUAAAUCUUCGUGAAUACUUGUUGGGUCCCCGUAUUAAACUUAUCCCUCGACUGGAAGACCCCGGAGCAUCAAAAACACUUCUCAUGAAGGACAUACCAUUUUACACUGUUAGAUCUGAUGUUUCUUUAAACAGGUUGUGAAAAUUGUUGAUGUGCGUUUCUUUUACGAUAAGAUGAAAAGUUUGGCUGGUCUGGCCUUAUUGAGUUUGCAAUGGAGAAGCUGCAGAGAAGGCAGAAAGGCUAAGUGGGGUAGAAUUAUCGGGCAGUCAAGUUGGAAUUUGCCGUCAAGCAAGAGGCACUGGAGCAUCAAAAACACUUUGUCUUAAGAACCUGCCAUUUCACAUUAUGAAAUCUGAUGUGCGGGAUCAUUUUCUUUGAAAAUGUUGGGGAUAUCGUUGAUGUUCAUUUCUCUCGCGACAAGUAUCAAACUACUUUAAGGAGAGUUUCCCAUGUUGAGUUUGCAUCUGAAGAAGCUGCGAAGGAGACAGUAAAGUGGAAUGGCAGAGACUCAUUAGGCUGUCCUGUUCGGCUUGGCAUUGUUCGUGACAGCCUCUGUGUCCAAGGUCUUGAUACUUCUCUCGGAAUCGAUAAGGACUGGAUAUAAAAACGGAACAGAAGUUUCAGAAAAGGGGAUCGGCCAGAGAGCUGAAAACAGAGACACAAAGGAAGAG